GUGAUAUAAAUAUUCUGAACAAUUGCAGGUUUGAGGUUUUAAAAUCCUUUUAAAUGAUUUAUUCCAAACAAAGUCACUGGUACGGGAUCUAACUCUCUCAAUCUAAAUUGUCAUUUAGCCAAAUUUGCAGGUUUUGAUUUGAACCAUGUCAUUCUUGUUGCUAUGUAACAACCCGUUCAACAAUUUGUCAAGCAAUCGCCAGUAAUAAGUUUUACUCAACACACUAUGUUUCGCUGCUGCUUCACGUCCAACAGCAAUAAGCGACUCCUUCACAUUUCAAAUCAUUCCUUCAUUACAUAUGCAGCCCCAUAUUCUUUAGAGCCAUCAGCAGCACCACCACAGCACAAAAGCAUAGACCCUCUUCUCUUUAGACCUCCAAACAUUAGUCCCUUCAAUGAACAAACUCCUGCUGUGAUCCCAUUGGAGGAUUUAAUUAAUUACUAUAAGACUUCUCAAUCAUAUACAAAAAGCACCCCAAUUUUGCCACAUGUUUCAGGUUCGACGUCAUUUGAUAUAUAUGAAGAUUUGAUUCAUACAUAUAUUGAUUGUUGUUGCUCAAAUGAGUCUGGACAGUUCCAUUCAAAGAUUUUUAAAUAUGGGUUUGAUUCUGAUUUGUUUUUAAGCAAUACCCUUAUUAACGCUUAUGUCAGAAGUGGUGAUUUGGACUCUGCUCGUAAGUUAUUCGAUGAAAUGCCCGAGAGAAAUUGUGUUACUUGGGCCUGUUUAAUUUCUGGGUACAAUAACAACGGGAUGCCUAAAGAGGCAUGUGGAAUUUUUAAAGGGAUGAUUUUGGAAGGUUAUUUGCCUAAUUGUUUUGCUUUUGGUGCUGCUCUUAAAGCUUGCCAGGAUCUUAAACUCGGUAUGCAAAUUCAUGGCUUGAUUUUGAAGUCUCCCAAUGCAAAUGAUGUGGUUUUGUCCAAUGUGUUGAUAUCAAUGUAUGGUAAUAGCUUGGCCUCUAUAGAUUAUGCCCGUCGUGCUUUUGAUGAGAUCAAAAUUAAGAACUCGAUAUCUUGUAAUUCUAUUAUAUCAGUUUAUUCACAGAGAGGAUACACGGGAGACGCCUUCCAAAUAUUCUCAAGCAUGCAACGAAAACAUUCUGGGUUCAGCUUCAAACCUAAUGAGUAUACAUUUGGGAGCUUAAUAACUGCAGCUGGUUCUGCUGUUGAUUCUGGUUCUCAGUUGUUGGAGCAGAUGCUUACAAUGGUUGAGAAAUCUGGAUUGCUCUCAGAUAUGUAUGUGGGUAGUGCUUUAGUUAGUGGAUUUUCGAAGUUUGGAUUGUUUGAUUAUGCUAAGAAGAUUUUUGAGCAGAUGGGUAUGAGAAAUGCUGUCUCUAUGAAUAGCUUGAUGGUUGGAUUGGUGACGCAAAAAUGUGGAGAAGAAGCUGCUGAAGUAUUCAUGGAAAUGAGAAACAUAGUUAAUAUAAAUCUUGAUUCAUAUGUCAUUUUAUUAAGUGCUUUCACUAAAUUUACUUUGUUGGAGGAAGGGAGAAGAAAGGGUAGAGAGGUUCAUGGAUUUGCAAUCCGAACUGGACUAAAUGAUAUCAAGGUUGCUAUUGGAAAUGGGCUUAUUAACAUGUAUGCUAAAUGUGGUGCAGUUGAUGAUGCGAGAUCAGUAUUUAGGCUCAUGAAUGAUAGGGAUGCAGUCUCAUGGAAUUCCAUGAUUUCUGGUUUCGAUCAGAGUGAGUGUUUCGAAGAUGCAGUCAAGUGCUACCAUAAAAUGAGGAGAACUGGGUUGAUGCCUUCCAAUUUUUCAUUGAUAAGUACUUUGAGUUCAUGUGCAAACUUGGGAUGGAUCAUGCUAGGCCAGCAGUUACAGAGUGAAGGGCUUAAAUUGGGACUUGAUUUAGAUGUUUCAGUUUCAAACGCCCUUCUUGCAUUAUAUGCUGAAACUGGGUAUCUGGCUGAAUGUCGCAAAGUUUUCUCCUUAAUGCUCCAAUUUGAUCAAGUAUCAUGUAAUACUAUGAUUGGGGCUUUAGCUAAUUCAGAAGUAUCAAUUUCUGAAGCUGUAGAAUUUUUCUUGGAGAUGAUGCGAGCUGGAUUAAAUCUUAACAGAGUAACCUUUAUAAACAUUCUAGCAGCUGUGUCAUCUCUUUCACAGAGUGGAUUGAGCCAGCAGAUACACGCACUAAUGUUAAAGUACAAUAUUGGAGACGACAAUGCUAUUGAGAAUGCACUUCUGGCUUGCUAUGGCAGGUGCGGAGAUAUGGAUUACUGUGAGAAGAUCUUCUCUAAAAUGUCUAAUAGAAGAGAUGAAGUUAGUUGGAAUUCCAUGAUUUCUGGAUAUAUACAUAAUGAUUUCUUGCCCAAGGCCAUGGAUUUGGUCUGGAUUAUGAUGCAGAGUGGUCAAAGAUUGGACACUUUCAUCUUAGCCACUAUUCUAAGUGCUUGUGCCUCGGUUGCAACUUUAGAGCGUGGCAUGGAAGCCCAUGCAUGUUCAAUAAGAGCUUAUUUAAACUUUGAUGUUGUAGUAGGGAGUGCACUUGUUGACAUGUAUUCAAAAUGUGGAAGAAUAGAUUAUGCAUCAAGAUUUUUUGAGUCAAUGCCACUGAGGAAUUUGUACUCUUGGAACUCAAUGAUAUCAGGUUAUGCACGUCAUGGGCGUGGUGAUGUGGCUUUACAGCUUUUCACACAAAUGAAGCUUGAUGGUCAAUUACCAGAUCAUGUUACCUUUGUUGGGGUUCUUUCAGCUUGUAGUCAUGUUGGUUUGGUUGACGAAGGGUUUAAGCAUUUCAAAUCCAUGACUGGAGUAUAUGGAUUGGCUCCUCGGAUAGAGCAUUAUUCAUGUAUGGUUGAUCUCCUUGGACGGGCAGGUGAACUUGAUAAGAUAGAGAACUUCAUCAAUACAAUGCCAGUGAAACCUAAUGUUCUCAUUUGGCGGACAGUGUUAGGUGCCUGCUGCCGAGCAAAUGGUCGCAAGACUGAGUUGGGUAGGAGGGCUGCUGCAAUGCUUAUGGAUAUGGAACCUCAAAAUGCUGUGAAUUAUGUUCUUCUCUCUAACAUGUAUGCUUUAGGGGGGAAGUGGGAAGAUAUGGCAAAGGCUAGGCGGGCAAUGAGAGAGGCAGCAGUGAAGAAGGAAGCUGGAUGUAGUUGGGUAACCAUGAAGGAUGGAGUCCAUGUCUUUGUGGCAGGGGACAAAUUGCACCCAGAAAGAGAUCUAAUUUAUGAGAAACUCGAGGAACUUAACAGAAGAAUUAGGGAUGCAGGAUAUGUUCCUCAGACAAGAUUUGCUCUGUUUGAUCUUGAACCAGAGAGUAAAGAAGAACUGUUGAGUUAUCACAGUGAGAAACUCGCAAUUGCUUUUGUUCUCGCUCGCAAUUCAGGACUGCCAAUUAGGAUAAUGAAAAAUCUUAGGAUUUGUGGUGACUGUCACUCUGCCUUUAAGUACAUUUCAAAAGUUGUCGGUCGUCAAAUAGUGUUACGAGAUUCCAAUAGGUUUCAUCAUUUUGAGGAUGGUAAUUGUUCUUGUGGGGAUUACUGGUGACUGGCUGAUCAGCUUGGAUUUUGAAGUUACAGGUAUAGUCAAUCGAUAAAACCUGUAACUAGACAGAAUUGGGCCUUCGACUUUGGAAGAUUAUUUCCUUCACAUUACUUUCGCAGUGAUACAGCAUGAAAAGUUCUCAAAGGUCUAAAUUUCUAGCAACCAAAUAGAGCAAAAAUUUUCUCCAAGUUAAAUUUUCUAUUGCUACAAUUGAACAUGAAGCCAACAAAUAACACAUGGAUCCGCACAAGGAAUGUCCAUUGUGGAGAUUGGAAGCGCUUUAUUAAGUAUGGAGAUGAUAAGACAUCAUUGAGCUUUCCUGUUGUAAAGAGUGAUUCAACAUCAAUGUCAUCAUUAAUGGAAGAUGCUUCCCCAUCAUAUCUGUCAAUGUUCAAAAGUGAUGGUGAUGCUUUUGAGUUGUACAAAAUUUUACAUGGAAUAAUCAGUUUUCAUUGAGAAAAACAUGAUUAGCAGAACCAAUGCAUAAAGUGAAACAGAAAAGAAGGCGUAAAAUUCAGGGCACUGGAAACCAUGGCCAGCGGAGAUUGUUCAGGGUGUCACUCUGCUAAGUCUUGCAGUUUAACAGGGUUCUUAAUUGAGCUUUAUCUUACAGCUUAUGAUCUGCUACCUGCAUGCUGGAAAGUAUAGAAGGCUGAUCAAGGGUAACUUUCUGCUAUCCAAAAGCAGAUUUUCUAUUUAAUUAGAUACUGUAGGUGUUGGACUUGGGAAAGAGUGUUAUAUUUGGAUAUAGUUGCUCUAUAUAGAGGCGGUAUCCGGAACGCUUCUGGGGCUUGUAAGAGGAUGUCCAAGAUGAAGGAUGCUUUGCUUACUGAGAACAGGGAGGAUGCUGCAUUGGAUAUUCUUGAACACCUACUGGACUAUGGAGUAGAGUGAAUCAUUUGCUUUAUGAUUGAAAUGCAGAUGGUAAAAUGAUAGUUGAAAUGCAUCAGAACAUUGUUCAUGCAUUUUCACUUUAUACAGGGAUGUGACUACUAUUGUACCAGAUAUUCUUCUAUUACCUAUAUCUUUCUCUGAGCCAUGUGGAUAAGAAUCUGCUUCACUUUACAGGUCUGCAAACAGGAGAUCAUUCUGCUAAAUUUUUGGCUGGUUCUCUUUGGAUCUUAUAUCAAAGCAUGGCGAUAUUAAUGCUGAGUCUACCCUUUUAUGUCGAGGAUUCUGGUCAACUUCUUAUAUCAGGGGUUGUAUCCAACUCAUGCAAUGACAACUGAGUUUUCAUGAUCGCUGAUGAAGAGAAAUCGCAGUGGAUGAAUUUGUUUGCAAGUAUUCUGUUGGCUGGUGUUUUUGUUCACACGAUUCUAUUCGUUUCAAGUUUAUGCUGUUUGAUGACUUCUAUUGAGGUGGGCUGCUAAUGAUGGAAAUUCAAACCAGAGACACCUGUCGAAGAAAAUGCUUGGCUGUUAGAGCUCGUGCUUUACACCUUUACAAGACGAAUGGUUAUUUUUCUUGCAAUUUGGAUACUGGAAGACUAGGAAAUUCAACCUUAAUAAUAUGAACCUUCAGGAAUUAUGCCCAGGCAUAAAAUUGGAAGCUAAAAAUUGAUUAAAAUAAAAUGUAAAAUUGUCACUUUUCGACUUGACCUAAAGUUCGAAGCCUAAAUGACCUUUUGUUUUUUAAAGUAAAUUGAAAGGUAAUUUAAUAUUUAAUUUUA